AUGGAGUACACGGUUCGCAUGCCAACGCUGCCCGUUGGUGACCGCCUUCCAAAUGAAAUGCCGCCCGAAACGAUCUGGUCGUCGAUUGAUGACGCAUGGACGUCGAUGUCGAUUUGCCUGGUCAUGGUAUUUCAAAGCACCAAGACCGAGAAGAUGGAGACGAUGCGGUCCCAUGUAUAUCACGCCAAGCACCUCUACGAAAAAGCCACGCUCGACAGUCUCGAGUCGUGCCGCCUACUGGGUCCUCUACUCCAGCACGCCGUACACGCUAGCGACGACACCAAGCAAGCCAAAUCAUCGAGCCUGCUUCUCAGUGCGCUCGACGAAGCGACCUCGUUGACCCGUCUCGACGCGGUGUUGGUGCACUUGUUGGCGACGCUCCAGCUGGUGCGUCCGCUGGAGAAACACCUCUGCUAUGCUGGCGCCAGAUUGCUAGCCGACCAGGAACAUGGCCACCAACGCCUCGCGAUGACGCUGCGUCGGUUCACUGCAAAAAAUGCCGUGGUGGCUUUGGGCGCAACGGCGGUCAUCUCGCAUGUCGAGGCGGCCCCCGCCACAGCGACGUGUGGAGUGCUUCUCAGCGCCAGUGUCGGUGCGUCGCACCUCCUGGCCCGAUGGCGCAAUGCUUUAGUCCGCGAGAAUCUGAACUCGAAAAUUGAAACGACGCGCACGCAGCUCCAGACGCUACCUCUCCAUAUCACUGCGCUCGAGGCCGCGCUGGAAGACGCCAUCAACGUUGUGCAAACCGAGAUGCAGCUUCUAAGUGAUUUGCGCGUCAGCGCCCAGCUCACGCGGCACUGGUUGCUCACUUCGUCCUCCCUCCUCUUUGACAUCCAAGCCAUAACCCUCGAGCAGCAGUGCCGCCACGUACUCGCACGGUAUACCAAGAGAGGUGACUGA